AUGCCUUUUGACUCGCUUCCGACGGAGAUACUUCAGCAAAUUGGAGAAGACAUCACAUCACUCCCGACGCUAAACGCACUGUGCCGCGCCAACCGCCGCUUCCAUUUGAUAUUCGACCUGCUGCUAUAUGCACAGGAUGCCCAGCAGACGCGCGGCCAGCCUGCUAGCGCCGGAGGAGGUGCGGCCGCAGUCCGCUGGGCGGCGCAACAUGGCCUGAUGCGAACGAUGCGGAAAUCUCUCGAGAGCGGGUCGGAGAUUCCCCCGCGUGCCCCCUGGAUGCACAUCAUCGAUGAGCCUGCGGGACGGACUGUUUACGGGGUGAGAGUUGACUGGCGGUUUCGAGACCCGGUGCCACCGCCGCACCCGCUGUGCCUGGCAGUUCAGGGCGGGCAUGUGGAUAUCGUCGAGUUUCUAUUGAAUGUGAAAGGUUGCGAUGUCGAUAUGAUUGACCAGCAGGGGUUGUCGCUGCUCGAGAUAGCCGUUGUCCAUGGGCACGUGCAGCUUGUCGAGGGAUUACUUCGCAAGGGCGCGAAUCAGUUGUCGGGGCGGCGGCUUACUGGAAGCCUAGCAAAGGUCGUUGGUUCCCCGAUGCAGCUCGCCGUGCUCCUUGGGAAAUUGGAUAUGAUGCGCCUUCUCUGGGAGCACGGGUCGUUUUUACUAUGGCAAAGCCAGAUUGAGCUCAGGGAUGCAUUUGAGUGUGCGAUCAAGAAGCGAAAUAUGGAGGCUAUACACGCUCUACUCAGCUACGGGGUGUGUGUGGACAUAAGAAAGCCGUUAGAAUUGGCGGUCAGAAUGGGGGACGUGGAGCUCGUAGAGUUAUUCCUGAGUGCAGGAGCGCGCCCUCGCUAUGCCGGAUCUUCCAUGGGGUGUGUGCUGGUGCAGGCAGUGAAGAGACGGGACGAAAGAAUCGCGAGCCUUGUCAUCAGCGACAGUACCUGCAUGCAGAAAACGAUGGCUCUGACGUUAGCCGCGGAGCAGGAGGAUGGGCAACUUGCUAGGUUUCUCUUAGCGCGUGGAACGCAUCCGGACUUCGAUGACUUGGAGGACUCAGACGUACAUCAUCCUAAGGGUUACGCGGAUACUUGGCACUUUGCUUCACCUCUUGCUCAUGCGGUGAAUGCAGGCCACGCCCAUCUGGUGCAGCUGCUAGUAAUGAGCGGCGCAGAUGUGAAUGUUCCUUUUGAGGGGUUUGAGAAGAGCAAGUCGUCUAGACAGAAAGGUUCAGUGCUUCAGCUCGCGAUGGACUUGGGCAACAAAGAGAUCGUGUCGUUUCUUCGCAAGUAUGGGGCACAGGAAGAGGUUGAGAGUUACGAAUGGAGAAAUCAUAGGCUUUUUUGGGAGGAAAAUAACUCGCCGAAUGCAAGCGAGAUGAGAAGAAAGAGAUUGCGGAGACACAUGGGAGUCAACCGUUGUACGGGCUCUAUUCCAAGCUAG